GUGAGAAUUUCUGCAACUCUGUGCUCAAACACAGUUUCGCACCGGCUUCUCUCUGGCAACGUAGCCUUGUCAUUUUUCUCUAUUCUAUUUGCAGAGCCUUACAUUGUUGUGUUAUAAAAAAACGGGUCAAAGUCUUGCAACACUGGGCCAGAGAUAGUACUAGUAGAGGGUUAUUAGCUGUCGUGGAUGGCACUUAAUCUCUAAGUCCAUUAUGGCAACCAAAGACCCUCCCACCGCGGAGGAGAAGGCACGGUAUGAGAAGGUGAAAGAUGAACUUGUGAAGAUGAUCCAGAAGAAAAGGGCGGCGGACAGACAACUUGCACAAACUGAAGUCCUGAUACAUUCACUAGAAACGUCUUAUCUCGCCGAGACCGCCACUACGGGUAAUAUCAUUCAUGGAUUCGACGGGUAUCUUAAGCCCACUCAGGGUGCUGCGGCGCGUAGAAAGCAUGACGUCGGGGACGGUGACCGGUGGUUCUCAACAAGUAGUGGAACAUGGCAGAAGUCCUUGGAUCUUCUCGGAGAAGGCGAGGAUUCGACACCUGUGCCUGAUGAUAUGAGGCUUCAAACAACACCAGGACUGACCACUGUUGUCGUGCCUCCGGCUCCACGCACGCAAGAGUUAAGUGCUGCUCAACAGAAAAAGAACCGGGACAGAGAAUAUCAGCGACGCAAACGCGCCAUGCGACGAAGCGCGGGUACCGUCAGCGACGAAGACUCGCAAAGUAUUGGUACAGGAAGGCGGCCAACGAAACGCGCGAGGAUAGCGGAUGAUGAUUGAGCUGCGUGAAAUUGUGGUAUGUGUAUGUGUCAUUGCCGUCUGUUCAGUUGUACCAUAUUCUUUUACUGUAU